GCGUGAGCCACCGCGUCUGGCCAACACGUGGUAAUCUGAAGGGACCACCAGAGUAUAUGCGGCCCGUGGUCCACGGAAACGUCACAAGGCCCACGACUCAAAGGCGUGCCUCAUUAAGUUACCCACAGCCCCACACUCGCCCUUCCACGCCGGGCCUCGAGGUGCUCUGUGGACCACAGCGGGGCCCGGGGCCCUCGCGAGGGAAGGAAGGCCUCGCUCCAGGUCCCCGCGAUUGCCCUGGAAAGUGAAACUGCAGAGGCGUCGCGUGGACACCCGGGGUCAGACGCGACCCCAGGCCGCGCCGGCCCCAGAGGAAGCGAGCGCGAGUCCGCGGUGGUGGCUGGGCGCUCAGUGAAGACGCCAUUCCGCCACGAAAACGCCAGCGACGCCGCUGGCCGCUGCGCCGUGGGGCGAGGCGGGCUGGCCGGACCUGCGAAGCCCGACGAGCCCGGCGCCGGCUGGCUGCAGCCUUGCUGUGCGUCCCCGGCCUGGCCGCGAGGCUCCCGCGAGCCGGGAUCCGCGAGCACCGGGGCCGACCUGACUCUCUCGGGCCUCAGACGGCGUGGGCCCUGGAAGGCUCCUGUGCGGCCGCUUUCCCGGAAGUCCCCCAGUGGGCUCCGGCCGCUCUGGCCCGCGCGCGCCCGACUCGCUGGUGUCCUGGGCGGUGCCCGGCCGCCGGCGCUUCUCGGGCGCUAGAGGGCGCGCGGCCGCAGUGGAGCCUCACUGGGCCGCGGCGGCGGCUCGGCUGUUCUGAGGCGCGGCCCGGACGCGCGCCGCCACCGCCUGCGUUCCCCCGGCAACCCUCGGCCGCCGCCAUGGACGCGCUGUUGGGCACAGGGCCUCGCCGGGCUCGCGGCUGCCUGGGCGCGGCUGGACCCACGUCUUCAGGUCGCGCGGCGCGGACCCCAGCGGCGCCCUGGGCGCGCUUCUCCGCCUGGCUGGAGUGCGUGUGCGUGGUCACCUUCGACCUGGAGCUGGGCCAGGCGCUGGAGCUGGUGUAUCCCAACGACUUCCGGCUCACAGACAAGGAGAAAAGCAGCAUCUGCUACCUGUCCUUUCCUGACUCGCACUCAGGCUGCCUUGGAGACACUCAGUUCAGCUUCCGCAUGCGCCAGUGUGGAGGGCAGAGGAGCCCCUGGCAUGCUGACGACAGGCACUACAACAGCAGGGCCCCUGUGGCACUGCAGAGGGAGCCGGCGCACUACUUCGGCUACGUGUACUUCAGGCAGGUGAAGGACAGCUCUGUGAAGAGGGGCUACUUCCAGAAGUCUUUGGUGCUGGUGUCCCGCUUGCCCUUUGUCCGGCUGUUCCAAGCGCUGCUAAGCUUCAUCGCCCCCGAGUACUUUGACAAGCUGGCGCCCUGCCUGGAAGCAGUGUGCAGUGAGAUCGACCAGUGGCCGGCACCUGCGCCUGGGCAGACCCUGAACCUACCUGUCAUGGGCGUUGUUGUCCAGGUGCGCAUCCCAUCCAGGGUGGACAAGGGCGAGUCCAGUCCUCCGAAGCAGUGUGACCAAGAGAACCUGCUGCCAGCCCCAGUGGUUCUUGCUAGCGUCCACGAGCUGGACCUGUUCAGGUGCUUCCGGCCUGUGCUGACUCAUAUGCAGACACUGUGGGAGCUCAUGCUCCUCGGGGAGCCCCUGCUGGUCCUGGCACCCUCACCCGACGUGUCCUCGGAGAUGGUGCUGGCCUUGACCAGCUGCCUGCAGCCCCUCAGGUUCUGCUGCGACUUCCGUCCCUACUUCACCAUACAUGACAGCGAGUUCAAGGAGUUCACCACACGCACGCAGGCCCCACCAAACGUGGUCCUAGGAGUCACAAACCCUUUCUUUAUCAAAACACUCCAGCACUGGCCCCACAUCCUCCGAGUCGGGGAGCCCAAGAUGUCAGGAGACCUGCCUAAGCAAGUCAAGCUGAAAAAGCCUUCAAGGUUGAAGACCCUGGACACCAAGCCAGGCCUCUACACCGCUUACACGGCCCACCUCCAUCGCGACAAGGCGCUGCUCAAACGGCUGCUCAAGGGCGUGCAGAAGAAGCGGCCAUCAGAUGUGCAGAGCGCCCUGCUGCGGCGGCACCUCCUGGAGCUCACCCAGAGCUUCAUCAUCCCCCUGGAGCACUACAUGGCCAGCCUCAUGCCCCUGCAGAAGAGCAUCACGCCCUGGAAGACUCCCCCCCAGAUCCGGCCCUUCAGUCAGGAUGACUUCCUGCAUAGCCUGGAGCAUGCCGGGCCCCAGCUCACCUGCAUCCUCAAGGGCGACUGGCUGGGUCUCUACAGGCGGUUUUUCAAGUCCCCCCAUUUUGAUGGCUGGUACCGGCAGCGGCACAAGGAGAUGGCCCUGAAGCUGGAGGCCCUGCACCUGGAAGCUAUUUGUGAGGCGAACAUCGAAACCUGGAUGAAAGACAAGUCCGAGGUGGAGGUCGUGGACCUGGUCCUGAAACUUCGAGAGAAGCUGGUGCGGGCUCAGGGCCACCAGCUCCCUGUGAAGGAGGCGACGCUGCAGCGGGCCCAGCUGUACAUCGAGACGGUCAUUGGCUCCCUGCCCAAAGACCUGCAGGCUGUCCUGUGCCCUCCCUAGAACAGAGCCAAGGGCCACGGUCCCAGGGCCCUAGGUCUGCCUGAGCCUCCCGCUCCCCAGUGGUGGCGGCGCUGGGCCAAGCACACGCUCCCCUUCCUUGGCCCCCCGCCCAGACUGCAGGCUCCCCUUCCUGCACCACCAUUGUCUCAGCAGUAAAGGCGACAUUUGGAACCACAGCAUGGCCCUGACCAUAGGGAUUCCUCGCAGGUGGAGCCUUGCCUCCUCCUGGGUCCCACCUGGCCUCUGCAGACCUCAGGCUGGGACAGGGGCGGGGACAGGCUGGGAGCCCUCGCUGAUAUGGGUGCGUCUACCGUCUGCCCCUCCCGGUACCCAUCUGUUGGCCCCCAACCCCCCCUGUGCUGUGUGUGAUGCUUCCUUCAGCCCAACAGGCUGCCCAGGACAGGAGGGACCCCCUCCCGACACAGCUCCUGUCUUGUCUGGGGAUGGGAGGCUAUUUUGCAUGCAGUCAUCAACUUGAGAAAGGGGGAGACCACUUUGCAGUGUGAAGAGCUCUGCCCACCACUCCUGGUGCCCCUCUGGGCCCCUGCCUGCUUGGGGGCUGUGGUUUGUUGGGAGGUAGGGGUUGGGCAGGGGGUCGUGUGUGGCCCAGCACCUCUGCUAGGAGAGCUGGCUCAGCCUGGCCCUCGGAGAGUCCACAGCACCUUCCUGGCUCCCAGUCCUGGAGCCCCCACCAGGCAUCAGCUCCAUACGUCCCUUCUGGGAGGUGGACAGGGCUCCUGUUGUCCAAGUGUGUCCGUCCAUCCCCCACAUGCAGCCUAAGGGGCUCUGGACUUCGGCCUGACCCUGCCUCUGGCUGGAGCCUGCAUGUCUCCCUUUCCUUGGUAAGGGGUGAGGGUCCCUAAGAGCCACUUCUGGGUUGUGUGCUCCCCACCGUGACACCUGCAGGCACUGAGGCCCGUGCGGUAGGGUGUUGACCCUGCGCAGCACACAGUGACGGUACUGUCAGGGCUCCGGACAGUCAAGCCCUGCUCAGCAUCACGCACUGUGUGCCCGGGAACAGGUCCCCUGACCACUCAGACCCUCAGGCUCCUUGUCUGAGCGACCCAGCUGUGCAGAUGCCUGACAGGGUUUUGGGAGGGCCACUCAUGGAGACUGGGCUUUGCACCCUGUGAGGCCGGGCGGGUGCUGGCCAGGGGACAUAGGGCUGGGGGAGGGACUUUUCUUUUUCUUCUGAGGCCCCCAUUCAGCACAACGUACUGUUUGUGUUCUCAUUGGUGCUCUCAGAGCACGUCCUCCAGCCAGGCGGUGGAGAGCGAGCACUGCCAGCCACUUCAGUGCAGGGCGUGACUGAGCCACGAGGACGGCGGGGCCAGGUAGUUCUUAGAACUUGGUACAUGUCAACUUGUCCAGCCCGACUGCAGCCCAGGACAGCCUGUCCCUGUCCCCAUUCUACAGACAAGACACUGAGGCAGCCGGGAGGGUGACAAAGGGGAGCUGUCAGGCCCCAGAUGUCUGGUGCAGGGUCCGAGGACAUGACCACGUUAAACAGAAUACGUAGAGUCCGAGACGGCAAACCUGUUCUGGGGCAGGGGCAAGCCGGGGACCCAAGAGUGAGAAAGGUCCUGGCCCCAAAUGCAGCUUGGGCCUCCCGACUGUAGCACGGGGGGACCAGCCUCCCUACUGAGGGCUUGGUCUCUAGAGGGUCUGCAGAGAUGCUGGCACCUCCUGUGUGGCCAGCUUGGACACUGACCUCCAUAAGAUGGGGCCUGGGGGCCAGUACAGGCCCUGCCAUCAGCUGCCCUCCACCAGGGCCCUCUGCAAAAGCCUUGUGCUGGUGACCAGCCCCCUGAGGACCAGCACUUCAAGGUGUCGGGGCAGCUUGGGAAGACAACCCGCCCCUCUCACAACUGUGACCCCACUUUGGGGAGUGCACCCCAAGGACCAUGGCAGCAUGUGCUUCCCCACACCACAGUCUUGGCUCACUUGGCUUUCUGAGGGCUGCUGCACAGCACAGAGGGCUGCAGACCCACAAGGCUGCAGGGGAGGGGUUUCAGGCUGGUCUCUGAGGAGCCCCCAGGGACCGUGGCCACUGUAUAUCCAGAAAUGCACACGCAGAUUUCCCUGGAGGGCCCUGGUGAGGCCACGUAGUGGUGGGCGAGGGGGGAACUUGGCGGGGGGCGGGGGGGAAGCGGGCCGGGUGGCCAGCAUUGCCCUGGGCAGAAGCCAAGGCUAAGGUGGGGGGUAGUAUCCCAGCCCCUCUUCCUCAGGGCCUGUCCGCACCUAUGCAGGAGAGGCCUGGGGUGGAUGGGUGGGGGCUGGGCGUGGAGACCUGCCAGUUCCAUCUGUCCUGAUGCCUCCUGUGGCCCCCCAGCGUCAGGGCCGCUCUGAGUUGGCUGAGCGUCAGUCCAGGCCUGGGUCAUGGCCCUCCCCGCCCCACGCACACCAGGCCAGGGGCAGUCAGUGAAGAGGCAGGAAGGUCCAGACAGCUCCACCCCUGGCCAGAGUGCCAGUCCCCGCAGGCAAGAGGGCUUGCUGGGCAGAACUUAGUUGGCGAGGGUGAGGACUGCUGUGGUCACAGGCCUCCCGAAGGACAGGGACCGCAGAACCUAGAGGGUGGAGAGGGCUGGGAGCGGGUCUGGAGUGGGGCUGGGGGCUGAGGGUGCACACAGGGCUUGCUUAGGGACAGGAAGGACAGCUGCUCACCCUCAAGCUUCCUGCUGGCUAUUUAAAGACUCCCUUUUAGUCUAGAAUAGUGGCCUUCCCACAGUUUUGGUAUUAAAAUGUCCUUUUGUAACUGGA